CUACGUGCUCCAGAUUUUGUGAGGAGGAAGGCGAGGGUUCCGACAAAGACUAUAGGGUCCCUUGCUAUAUUUGUUGUUUUUCUCUUUAACUAUACUCCGUGCUUCUUCCCCUUCUUUGAGAUCUUGCGGUACAGAUACACUUUUUUCGGCCAUUUGGGACUGAAAGAAACGACGACAGUUGUUUCCUUUACCUUUGUCACCAUUUCUAACUUCGUACGAGGAAGAGGUAGCUUAGGUUUAUCCUGCCUGAUGCUCCCUCUCGACUGACGAUUAUUUCCUUACCCUUCGAUAUCCGAUCAAUACUUUAAUUUUCGUCGGCAUCCAAUACCCUGCAUUGGCCUCGAUUCCCUCGACUAAUAUGACUCCGUCCACAUCACAUAUUUCGAGCCAGCUAAGGCAGCUGAUAUAUUACCAUCUUGACAACAACCUUGCUCGGAACGCGCUGUUCCUUGCCGGUCGUUUACACGCCUACGAACCUCGGACGUCGGAAGCUUCGUACCUAUUAGCUCUGUGUUACCUACAAAAUGGUCAGGUGAAAGCAGCAUGGGAAACUAGCAAGCAUUUUGGGUCGAGGGGUGCGCAUCUUGGAUGUUCUUACGUCUACGCGCAGGCUUGUCUUGACCUCGGGAAAUAUACGGACGGUAUUAACGCGCUAGAGCGAAGUAAGGGACAAUGGACUUCGCGAAACCACUGGAAUAAACACAGUGAGACGCGACGACAACACUUGCCGGAUGCUGCGGCAGUUUUAUGUUUGCAAGGAAAAUUAUGGCAGGCACACAAGGAACACAACAAGGCUGUGGAGUGUUACGCUGCAGCUUUAAAGCUGAAUCCCUUCAUGUGGGAUGCAUUCUUGAAUCUGUGCGAAACUGGUGUUGAUUUGCGUGUUUCAAACAUAUAUAAGAUGAGCCCGGAAUUGUACAGCAUGGUAUCGUCUGCUGCGCUCGAAGAUGUUGAAUCCCAGGUUCUACCUCCGGACGGUCCACUCCAGACACAAGUUAACCCAAAUCCGAGCUUGGACCCGUUCACUGCCGGUACGACUCGCAGCGAUUCGACCUCUACUCACGGGAGCUCAGCUUUGUGGGAAAAGUUGAAUGGAAGCACAGUUAGUGUGGCAUCUUCAGGAACAGGACCGCAUCUUCCGCGGGAAGGCAUGGAGACUCCUGGUGGCCAAAGUAGCGAAUCUGAUGAUCCACGUGUAACCAACGGUAAUGGCACAGAUGUUUUUGAGCCGCCGCUAGCCCCUGCAAAGAAGAAUCGAACGAUCCAAACAAUAGGCGGCGAUCAUCCGAUGGAUCCCCCGCCAAAGAUGCGGCCAACCGGUAUUCGACCGAGGACCCGAACCAAAUUCGAGUCAGAUGAAGGUCAUACUGAGAGAGACGCGGGCAUGGGUCACAGGUUAGGCGAUCGGAAACGAACGGUCUCUGGACAAGUUGCGCAUCCGUCGGUACCGCAUUCAACCGACCAAGGUGUCGGGCAACGGCGAAGUGUACGUCUCUUUAACCAGAUAAAGCCAUCAACGAACAAAAUAUCUAGCACGGCAUUAGGAGUGAAAGAGGGCCGGGAGGUGAAAAAGGUGAGAACUACGGGGAAUAAGGCGCGCACAACAACAAGCUCAAAUGUGGGCCGUGUUGUUAGCGGCAACAAUCGACGACACGCUGGGGAGAUCCAUGACGGAGACAGCAAAGAAUACCGUGGAACAUCUUCAACAUCAAAUGGCUCUCAGAACGCAUCGUCUAAGCUCGCUAUAUCUGAGCGGACCAAAUCGGUUGAAGCCUUGGCUUGGAUUUUGGACUUGUUUUUCAAGAUAGCCUCCGGCUAUUUCUGUCUCAGCCGGUACAAAUGCUCCGAUGCUAUCCAGAUUUUCAGCUCUCUAUCCCAGGGCCAACGGGAGACACCGUGGGUUCUUGCUCAAAUUGGACGAGCUUACUACGAGCAAGCAAUGUAUACAGAGGCCGAGAAAUACUUUGUCCGGGUGAAGGCCAUGGCGCCUUCCCGGUUAGAAGAUAUGGAGAUCUACUCGACGGUUCUUUGGCAUUUGAAGAAUGAUGUCGAACUUGCUUACCUGGCCCAUGAGUUAAUGGAUGUCGAUCGCUUAUCACCAGAAGCUUGGUGUGCUGUCGGUAACUCGUUCUCACACCAGCGGGACCACGAUCAAGCUCUGAAGUGCUUCAAGCGUGCCACUCAAUUGGAUCCUCAUUUCGCGUAUGGGUUCACGCUACAGGGCCAUGAGUAUGUUGCCAACGAGGAAUAUGACAAGGCAUUGGAUGCCUAUAGAAGCGGCCUUUAGGCGGACAGUCGACAUUAUAAUGCCUGGUACGGGCUGGGAACGGUCUACGAUAAGAUGGGCAAACUUGACUUUGCUGAACAGCACUUCCGUAAUGCGGCCAAGAUUAAUCCUUCUAAUGCUGUUUUAAUAUGCUGCAUUGGCUUGGUCUUAGAGAAGAUGAACAAUCCGAAGUCAGCGUUGAUCCAGUACAACAGGGCCUGCACCCUCGCGCCUCAUUCUGUUCUUGCUCGAUUCCGAAAAGCCCGUGCGUUGAUGAAAUUGCAGGAUCUCAAGUCAGCGCUUACGGAGCUGAAGGUUCUGAAGGACAUGGCGCCGGAUGAGGCAAACGUUCAUUACCUCCUGGGCAAACUGUAUAAGAUGCUUCGUGACAAGGGAAAUGCCAUUAAGCACUUCACAACUGCAUUAAACCUUGAUCCCAAGGCGGCGCAGUACAUCAAAGAUGCAAUGGAAGCCCUUGACGACGAUGAAGAGGAUGAAGAAGAUAUGGCGUGAUUCAGUCCUACUUCUUCACUUCCAUCAUAUGUUCCCUUCCUUGCUUUUGCUCUUGAUCACCUUGUUCUACUCUUGGUCCCCAGACAGAUACCCCUCCGCGCUGGAAUACUCUCUACUUUGAUGUAUACAAGAGGGUUUACGGAUUUUUUUUUUCACUGAGUCGGAUUUAUAGCAGCGACAUCAGCAUUACACGGGCGUUUUCCGGUGGAUUGGUUAAAGCAUGAAUUUGCAUUGCGUUAGCUCGGGC